GUCAAGACGUCGUGUGAUGAGACACUGCACUCUACGUGCGCUUUGAAAUAAUAAAAAUCUUUUUUCCGAUUCAAUUUUUUUUUGUGAUACACAAGUGUUGCGGACAAAAAGUACCUUUUCAUCACUAAAUUUGCGAACGAUUAGUGUUAACAGCGAUCGGCUACUUAUCCAGUGUCCAUUAAAGUGUGAUAAAUUAAUAAAUUUACAAAAAAAAGUCCAAUGUCGGACUCAAAGAAUAAACGAAAUUUACGAGAGCGAAAACAGCGCAAACAGUACUUAGAAUGGGCACUCGCUGAGGAAGAUUAUGAAGGAGCGCGCGGAUUUUCUGUCGCGGAUAAACUUAAAUCGACAAGAUUCGCACAGUCGGGCAUGGUACGGGAGAUGCGAGGAUCUGAUUUGACAGUCGGUUAUUUGCAACAACACGGCUUCAACAUACCGUUACUGAUCAAGGAAAAAGCCGGCUUAGGUUUGCAAGUGCCAUCGCCCAACUUUAGUAUUAACGAUGUGCGAAUGUGCGUCGGUUCACGACGCGUUCUCGACGUCAUGGACGUCAACACACAGAAAAAUCUCGAGAUGACGAUGAAAGAAUGGCAAAAGUAUUACGAGGAUCCGAACAAGAAAAAACUUUUAAACGUAAUUUCGCUCGAAUUUUCCCACACAAAACUCGAAAAUUACGUACAAAGUCCCAAAAUUGUGCGACAAGUCGAUUGGGUUGACGUCGUUUGGCCAACAAAAUUAAAAAACGCCCAAAUUGAGGGCACAAACCUCAUCGAAGACAUGAUGUAUCCAAAAGUGCAAAAGUAUUGUUUGAUGUCUGUGCGAAAUUGCUUCACAGAUUUUCACAUAGAUUUCGGAGGAACGUCAGUUUGGUAUCACAUCCUCAAAGGCAGUAAGGUAUUUUGGCUGAUUCCGCCGACGCAGGAGAAUUUGCAAUUAUACGAAAAAUGGGUGUUGUCCGGAAAGCAAUCCGACAUCUUUUUUGGCGAUACAGUCGAGAAAUGUGGGCGCGUUUAUUUGACCGCUGGAAAUACUUUUUUCAUUCCCACGGGAUGGAUUCAUGCCGUUUACACGCCCGAAGACUCGCUCGUGUUUGGCGGAAAUUUUUUGCAUUCAUUCGGGAUUGUGAAGCAAUUGAAGGUCGCCCAAGUCGAGGACAGCACAAAAGUCCCCCAAAAAUUCCGAUAUCCCUUUUUCACGGAGAUGUUGUGGUAUGUCCUCGCAAAAUACGUCAAAACGCUUCUGAAUCACAACCAUCUCGAGGAAGAUGACGAAGACGAACUCGAUACUGUGCAAAUUAAGGGACAUGUGCAUUUAACGCGUUACGAAUUAUUUGGCUUGAAGGAUAUUGUCAUGUACUUGUAUGAUCUCCCGUCGCACAAGAAAAACGUGCCGGAACUCGUAAAAGACCCCGUCGCAUUGAUAAAAGACGUGCGAACGCUCGUUGAGCGCCAUUGCAAGGACGAUCCUGAGCUCGCAGUGACUAAUGUCCCCAUAUUAACGGCUCCCCUUCAAACGAUGUCGCGACAUGUUCAACACGACGAAUACGAAAAUGACUUUCCCAUGAAUGGCGGCGACGAUCCCGAACCAAUUUCAAUUAAAACGGAACCCAAUUCAGCUCCUUACAAGCAGCCAAGUCCCAAUAAUUCAUCAAAAACGGGUGAAAAUAAGGCUCAUACCGCGCCACGUCGUCGCAGGACCCGCUGUAAGGUCUGUGAGGCAUGCAAACGUUCGGAUUGUGGCGAAUGCAGUUUUUGUCUCGACAUGAUAAAAUUCGGAGGACCCGGAAAAGCGAAACAAACGUGCACAAUGCGACAAUGUUUGCAACCAAUGUUGCCCGUUACCGCUACUUGUAUCCAUUGUCAUCUCGAUGGAUGGCGUCAAACGCCGGCUCUUUCAACGCCGCAAGCAAAAUCUCAUGCCUCCCAAGAAGUACCUUCGUCUCUGAUGGAAUGCUCCAUUUGUUACAGCAUCAGUCAUCCGGAAUGCGGGCAAAAAUUGGCACCCAACGUGAAAGGCAUCCCCAAUGAAGACCUCAAAAAUAGCUGGAUCUGCCCGGUUUGCAUUCAAGCGGGACGCAAUAACGACUACAAACCGCGUCAUUUUCGUGCCCGACAAAAAUCUUCGGAAAUUCGACGGAUGUCAAACAGCAGCGACGCCUCAUUUUUGGAUCAAAAACUGAAUAUCGACAUUCCGGGCAACAACAAAGGCAUCCUAGCAUCCGGAUCCGAUCUCGAGGACAACAAACAAAGUAUUCCCAUCAUAUCGCCGAGCAUCGUAAAACACGAAAUCAAGCAAGAACCCGAACAAAAUUCGAGUAAAAUUGAUGCCAGCAACGGGCGUUUCAUAAAAAGGCGAAAAAGUGAGGACGGCAAUAGUGUCGGAAGCGUAAAUCAAGAUUCCUUCGACAAUAAUGACCAAAAUGCGCCGCGCAAGAAGUCAACGUUGCGAAAUCAACUCGCGCAACAAAUCAUCAGUAGUUCCAAUAAACCGCUGAAAAAGCCGCAAUAUCCGGUGAGGCCUGUCGGGACAUCAAGUAGCAUCGCAAGCUCCUCAGCGGUACUCGAUCCGGCGUGUUUGCUGCCCGUUUUCAAAUAUUUGCCGCUGGAAACGUUAGUCAAUUGUUCUCUCGUGUGCAAACAAUGGUGCACGGUAUCCGUCGAUCCAGUUUUGUGGAAACGCAUGGAUUGUUCGCAGUACAAAUUAUCCGCAAGUCUCUUAAUUGCGAUCGUGCGACGUCAACCGGAGCAACUUCUCCUCGAUUGGACCAUUCUCGCAAAACGACAACUCAACUGGAUCAUCACUCGCAUACCCGGCUUACGAAAUCUCAGUUUGCAAGGCACUCCCGUUCAAUCUGUGCUCGGUUUGCACACUUGUCUCUGCCCGCCGUUGCAAGUUCUCGAUCUCAGUUUCAUCCGGGGCUUGAAUGACUCGGCAAUUCGUGAAAUUUUGUCUCCGCCGAAGGAUUCGCGACCCGGAUUGGCAGAUUCCAAGUCGAGACUUCGUAAUUUGAAGACGUUAAAACUCAGCGGAACAGAUAUUUCCGACAUUGGAAUACGAUACAUCAUUCAAGGAUUGCCGGAAUUGAAGUCUUUAGACCUUUCAUCAUGUCAGAGGAUCACCGAUUGCGGAAUUUGUCAGAUCGAUGGCAAUCAUACGUUGGUCGAACUCAAUUUGAGCAGCUGCAAGAUGAUAACGGAAGUGGCAUUGGACUUUUUGGCGAAUUGCGAUGCGCUUGUAAGACUCGAUUUGCGACACGUGCCGCAAGUGUCGACGCAAAAUCUCAUAAAAUUCGCUGCCAAAUCAAAAAAUAACUUACAAGUACAUGAUAUUAAGUUAGUGGAUAGGAGAAAAGAGAAUAAGUAAAAAGGUCAUUCCAAGAAUUUAGUUUUAGUUUCUUUUUUUUUAAGAAGAAGAAGAAGAAAAAUGUAAUCAAUCGCCAUAAUGUGUGUCUGUGUAUCAAUAGUGACUGUUGUUCAGUAAGCAAAAAAAGUAAUUUUAAGAUCCUAAGUUCAUGAAAAAAAAAUUUUUGACAAUUGAAAAUCAUGAAAAUUUCAAUUUCACAUGAAUUUCUUUUAAAAAAAGUUCAUUUUUAAAGCUAAAAAUUUCAAUUCGAGAUCGAAAUAUUCAUUUAGUGAUCUAAAAAGAUCGUUUCGAGAUGUAAGAAGUUCAUUCCGGGAACUAAAAAGUCAAUUUUGAAGUUAUAGCCUUCAUUUAGAGUUCAAAAAAGUUCAUUUCGAGACCUUAAAAUUUAAUUCGAGAUCAAAAAAUUUUAUUUCGAGAUCUAAAAAUUUCACUUCGAGAUCGAAAAAUUUUAUUUCGAGAUCUAAAAAUUUUCUAUUUUGAACGAAAUUAUUGUCAAAAAAGUUAAAAAAUAUUUUUUAUGAUUUUUAAUUGUCAAAAAAUUUCUCAUGAACUGGUAGAUAAUGCAAAAUCCAGCAAUAUUUACAUCCAACCCCAUUUUUGUAGAGAGAAAAAUAGUCGAAAGUCGAUAACUACCCGCGAAAAAACCAAAGAAAUUUUGUAUGAAACUUGCAAAAAUUACUUCAAAAACUGUUUCAUGACGUUCUCAAAGACUUUCCACACUCACACUUAAAUACACAAGAUAAAAAAAAAAAGAAAAUUAAUUUUAGUCUAAUUAUUAUUAUUGUAUUAAGUAAAAU